CCCGGCGGAGAUCGGAGGGGAAGGAAGGAGCGCGCAGCCGGCAGACAGAGACAGAGCGAGCGCACACACGGGAGCGAGUUUCAGGGACGAAACGCGCAUUUCGGUCGGAGGAGAGUGGACCGGCACCACGGCCACUUCCUCCACACCGGCUUUACGCACGAGAAUCGUAGCUGCCUCUCCUCCAGGAGAUCUUGUGUUAUCGGACUGUUGUUGGGACAGCGCAUGAGGAGGACAAUCGAUGGGAAAACAUUUGGUGCUGUUCUGGUAGCUGGUACUGAGAGCAGAGGGAAGGUUCGGGGAGACUUCAUCGAUCCGAGGAGGAAAUCACGUGACUUUUUUCUCGUUUUCUGACAAACUUCAUGGUUGUCUGCUGAUGUUUCUUGUUGUUCUUUGAGACUUCAAUCAGCGAUUUCUAGUUAAUUUCCCAUUUAUUUGUCUGUCCGCUGGCUGAUAUGAAGACGCGCGUUUGGAGCGCCUGCGCAGCGCCGCGGCUCUCACGGCUUCAGAGCUGUGUUUAGUGAACAAAUUGCGCUGAUUUCAUAUCAGGCUGCAUUGAUUAUGCUGACUGGUUUCCACAAGAGGAGAAGCAGUGUCACCCACUGACACAGUUCACGCGAACCGAGCGUUCCGACCUGCGCGGUUCUGUUGGAGCGCGGCUGGGCUGUGAGCCGCGGUGCUGCUUCAGAGACAUACGGAACAGUGCCAAGGACAGUAAAGGGGACUUUGGGACUGCUUGUCUCAGACAAAACGAAUAAAAGCAGACCGGAGGAGACAGACCAUGGAUUUAUACGUAUGGCUCUGUGGAUGUAUUCUGGCUUUUCUUUCGCCUUCAGCGGUGGCAGCAGAGGAAGGAGCGUCUGAGCCAUGCGGAGGCUUUUUAGAUGCCAGCGACGCCGGCUACAUCACCACCCCCGGCUACCCGCUGGAGUAUCCGCCUCACCAGAACUGCCGCUGGGUCAUCACAGCCCCCGAGCCUUCGCAGCGCAUCGUCCUCAACUUCAACCCGCACUUUGAAAUAGAGAAACUGGACUGCAGGUAUGACUACGUAGAGAUCCACGAUGGGAGCUCUGAGUCGGCUGAUCUGCUGGGGAAGCACUGCAGCAACAUCGCCCCUGCUCCAAUCAUAUCGUCAGGGCCCUCGCUCCACAUCAAGUUUGUGUCCGACUACGCCCACCAGGGGGCGGGCUUCUCGCUGCGCUACGAAAUCUUCAAAACGGGUUCAGAUUGUUCGCGUAACUUCACGAGUCCUUCGGGUCUCAUCGAGUCCCCGGGUUUCCCAGAUAAAUACCCCCACAACCUGGAGUGCUCCUUCAUCAUCAUCGUCCCCCCCAGCAUGGACGUCAGCCUCACCUUCCUCACCUUCGACCUGGAGAACGACCCCCUGCCAGGCGGAGAGGGAGACUGCAAGUACGACUGGCUGGAAGUGUGGGACGGGCUCCCCGGAGUCGGCCCUCUGAUUGGUCGAUACUGCGGGACCAGGGUGCCUCCAGAGAUCCAAUCAUCUACUGGGAUUCUCUCUCUGUCCUUCCACACCGACAUGGCCGUGGCUAAAGACGGCUUCUCAGCUCGAUACAACAUGACACACAAGGAAGUCAGCGAGAGUAAGUCCUUCCACUGCAGCAACGCGUUCGGGAUGGAGUCGGGAAAGAUCACAGACGACCAGAUCACGGCCUCGUCCAGCUUCUUCGAUGAGCACUGGCUGCCCCGUCAGGCCAGACUCAACUACAACGACAACGGAUGGACGCCCAACGAAGACAGCAACAGGGAGUACAUACAGGUGGACCUCCAUACUCUGAAGGUGCUCACGGGCAUCGCCACUCAGGGCGCCAUUUCGAAGGAAACUCAGAAGGCCUACCAUGUGACCACUUUCAAACUGGAGGUCAGCACUAACGGAGAGGACUGGAUGGUCUACAGACACGGCAAGAAUCACAAGGUUUUCCAUGCUAACACCGAUGCCACGGAGGUGGUCCUCAAUCGGAUCCCACAGCCGGUCCUGGCCCGCUUUGUACGAAUCAGACCUCAGACAUGGAAGAACGGCAUCGCGCUGCGUUUCGAGCUUUACGGCUGUCAGAUUACAGAUGCUCCGUGCUCAGAGCUGCAAGGCAUGUUGUCUGGGCUGCUCCCGGACUCCCAGAUCUCUGCAUCCUCCAUGAGGGACAUCCACGGCUCCAUGGGGGCAGCCAGGCUGGUGGCCAGUCGGUCCGGCUGGUUUCCAAACCCGACGCAGCCCAUCGCUGGAGAGGAGUGGCUUCAGGUGGACCUCGGUGUGCCCAAGAUGGUGCGUGGCAUUAUUACCCAGGGUGCAAGAGGGCUGGAGGGCAGCACCAGCGCUGAGAACAGAGCAUUUGUCAGAAAGUACAAACUGGCGCACAGCUUGACCGGCAAAGACUGGAGCUACAUCACCGACAGCAAGACUGGGUUUGCGAAGAUUUUUGAGGGCAACAGCCACUACGAUACCCCAGAGGUGCGGAGGUUUGAUGAGAUAGUUGCCCAGCACAUCAGAGUGUUUCCAGAGAGGUGGUCGCCUGCUGGAAUCGGCAUGAGGAUGGAGAUCCUGGGCUGUGACCUGCCCGAAACCACCACCGUCCCCGACACAGCGACCCCGACCUCGCCCAGGGUGGAGCAGACGACUCCGGCGCUGAGACCCGCCACCACCCCGUCCCUGUCGGCUGUGUGUGACUUUGAGCAGAGCCUGUGCGGCUGGUCGGCUGAUCCUCAGUCAGGUGUGAGCUGGUCGCUGCACACGGCCAGCAGCAGUUCAACUGGACACGGCACGCACGGAACCAGGCAGGACCUGGCGCUGGGAUCCGACAAUUUUUCAGGGAACUACCUCCACCUGGAUGCAGGCGCCCACACCCAGCGCAAGAGAGCCCGGCUGCUGAGCCCCGAGGUGGGGCCAGAACGAGGCCCGCUCUGCCUCCUGUUCUACUACCAGCUCCAGGGGGAGGCGCAGGGGAGCCUGAGGGUCCUGCUGAGGGACAGCGACCAGGAGGAGACGCUGUUAUGGGUACUAAAAGGAGACCAGGGGCCGCAUUGGAGAGAGGGCCGCACCAUCCUGCCCCAAAGCCCCAAAGAGUAUCAGGUGGUGUUUGAGGGCUUCUUUGAUCACCCAACCAGAGGCCACAUCAGAAUAGACAACAUCCACAUGAGCAGCAGCAUUGAGCUGGAGCAGUGCACACCGCCUUUCCCUGCCCUAACGCCUGGCAUAACCAGGGGUGCCAUAUCUGGGAUGGAGCCCACUGUAGACUCAGUGGUGGUGCAGCCGGUCCCUGCCUACUGGUACUAUGUGCUGGCGGGAGGCGGUGCCCUCCUGCUGCUGGUCACUGUGACCGUGGUGGUGAUACUGUGCUGCCAUCGGUACCACGGGGCGACCAAGAAGACCAGCGGCAGCCACCAUCAUUCAGUGAUGUACCACAACAACCAGCAACCAUAUCAGCAAAACUGUUACCAGAACCAAAACCCCAGCUGUAAUCUGAUGCACAGCCCCAACCAAAACCACCUGUACCCCGGUACCGGGCAAAGUCUUGAACCCAUGCUGACCAUAACGCUGGAGAAAGACGCCAGCUACGACUCCCAGUGUUGAAAUGAACGGACUCAAGUGAAUGAUGCCAUUUUACUAGAAUGCUUUGUUCAGAUAACGCCAUCGAGGAAUGUGAAAUCUCCUUGAAAUGACUGAGAGCAUUCGGCAUAAUCACCACUCUUCAAGAAUCUCCGUGGAAGAGGCGCUCCAGCUCCUGCUGCUGACGACUGAUCUCAUCAACUCAUCAGUACACACUAAACCUGGUGGCUCAAACGGGCAGAAUGAAGUCCUGAUAUUAAACUUUACCACAAUCCUUCCCUGAGCAGAGUUCUGUGGAUGAAGGAGCUCCAGUUCUGAUGACUACAGACGGCCUCAUGACAACACUAUAGAGCAGCGUAUACUGGCUUCUAUAUGUGCCCCCCAGCCUGGAAGGGAGUUGGAUUCUGGACUGAGUAACUCACAGGUAGACUGUGGACAAGACGUGCUGUAUGUACAUGCAGCGUACGUACUGGUGUUGUACCAGCAAAUCCCCUCGUCUGGCAGAGAGCUGUGUUUGUGUGCAGCGAUGACGCUGAUGCCUGUUUCUCUGGGACUGAAUAAAGCUGCAGUUUAUUUGUCUACACGCCUUCGAGAGGCUGAGAGUGUGUAGUAGGAGUCAGUGCUGCCCGUCAGGCUACAUGUGGCUCGGCCCACAUCGAAACACAACGGCUCCUAUGUUACCUUUUAUUUCAUCCUGGAUUUGCCUUUUUGGGGGAAAAAUGUGCUUUAAAACGAUUACCUGCUCACCUCCAGGAUGAGGUGUCGUGCCUCAGUGUCGAAUCAGCGUCUGAGUGGAUGUGGUGUUGCUCUGCAGUCUGUUGCCUGAUCUCAUGGACAAUCCGAUGCCUGAACAUCUCUGUGUGACUGGGUGACAGAAAACAACAUGUCCAUGGACGUCUGCUCUCCUGUUAAACCCGCUGUCUGGUUGACAUGGUCACACACUGGCCUGCCUGCAGGACAACAGAAGACGGAUUUGGCUGUAAAGUUGCCUGUUUUGCUUCCAUUCAGCUAAUGAGACCAAACAUGCUGUGACAAGAGCAUUUUAUCAUGAAGCCUUUUAGGAAGUCACUUUACCUGCUCGCUGAUUUCACUCCAGUUCGAUUGAUUGCAUUCUGAUUUAGCUGUACCGGCGUCUGUCGCCGCGUUGACGGCGUGGGAUGUUGCUCAACGGUUCUGAUAAGUUGGUACAGUUGGGAGAAACAUUAGCACUUUUCUUCUUAAGGUUGAUUAUUUCUUACAUUUACUGUGAAUCUUUUGAAGACUGUUGUACGUAGACCUACGUCUGCUGCAUCGUGGUUACACCAUGACUGUUUUUAUACUCACUGCUUGUGUUGAUUCUGUCCACUGAGAUGAUCUUAAUAAGUUCUCUUAACUUUUAUUGGAUUUCAAUCCUCAAGGUUGAAGCUGUUUUGAAGCACUUGCUUGUUUAAAACACUCAGCUGAGUUCAGACUGGGACACAUAGGUGAAGCAAAUCGAUAUGUUUUUGGGAGAACUAAUAAUAAUAUAAUAUCAGUUCAGAUCCACACCGCUGAAUUAGACGGUGCUGCUUAUUUCCUGGACCGUGCUGUGUGCUCCCCCUGCAUCAUUUUGUUCAGCCUGUUCUGUUCCUAUUCUACUCCUUCCCUUCAUCACAAACCCUCCCAGUAAAGAAAAGAAAGAAAAAACACAGGAGAGAAAAUGAGAGGCAGAAAUGAAGGGGAGCAGAGUCUCUCCGAGGAGAAGGGCCCAUUAAGCGAGCCCCCUUUUCUCCAAAGAAUGCGCCCAGAGAUGGAGAGAGAUGAAAGAAAUAGAAAAAAACUGCCGUCUAUACUUUCUAAAGAUAGAUUUUCUUUUGCUCUAAGUGGGGAGGCUAACAGGGAGGCAGGUUGGGCUUUGGACUGGAGGAGAGAGAGAAUUGAAGAAGGAGGGCAGGUUGUUUCAAACACAAAAGCAGAUGAAAGAAGUCUUUUGGCAGAACAGACAGAGUGAUGAAGACGAGCAUUAUGUGCUCUGCAGCGCCUCCAUCCACACACCUGUCUCCAGCUUCAACCACUGCUUCGUGCAUUUUGUUUCUCUCUGCUGCAGACACUCCCGUAUUGACUCACUUCAUCUCACUGUGUCUCAUAAAAUGCAGUUUUGUGCUUUAGUCAACAAGUAUUUUACUUAUUUUGUGCUUGCAUAUCCAUUUUCCGCCUCCCAAAGCCCCUCUCCCUUCCAUUUCAAUCGACUUGCGUAUGAUUUACACAUUAUAUGACUCAUUCUAGCAGCCUUGUGCCAUAAGCCAAUCAAUGUGGUCCGAAUUCAGAUGGAGCGCUGAUAUAUGGCUGUAUUUAUGUUGUGCUACCCGAGCACUUUUCUCUUUCACUCUCUAUCAAACUUUUUGCAGGAUUUGGAAAAGGUUCUGGCAUCUUUUCACGCAGCGCUUUUAAAUCAGCCUUCCCCUCACUUCGCUCUCACGUCUCCAUCACAGACUACUUUGAAGCCCUUUAAUAUUUCUAAUUAGUUAAUGGAGCUGAUUGCAUUCAUAAAAGCCUGCGGUAAGCAUUUCUAGCCCUCGAGCCACUUUCUGGCUUUUCUCUCUGUCCUCCUCCUCCUCUGUUUCCUGGAGAAAUAUUAUCAGUACCAGCACUCUAACGGGUCCUCGGGCCCCACUGGAGCGGCGAAUGGUGCCAAAGAGCCAUCCUGCCUCUGCCUGAAUAAAAAAGACCCCUUUUUAUUUUUCUCUUUACUAAUUGGAGAGGGGAGAUAAAAUGGGGCUACGGGGAGUUUUAAUCUCCUUUCAGAUCCUUGUGAUGAUUCUUCUCGGGAUCCUAGCCUGAGGGCGUUAAGCCAGGAUCAUUAGAAAGUGUUCAGCAGUCAUCCUAAGAGUGUCAGAGCACCUUCUUCCCUCCCCACCCCCUCCUGCUUCUUUUGCUAUCUCCCCAUAAGUGAUUUAAUGUUUUCAGUUGACUGUGAGAACGGGGAUGCAGAAUCUGGAGGGUCUGCAGGGAGACGACACGUUUUACAGUCAGAGGAGGCAACAAGUCCCGUCUCAUAUUAGUAAGACCUCCAAAAAUAUUACGGCUGCAGCAUCUGGGAUCAUUCAUUGUUUUCACAUUUCCUACAGGAGACGCUUGUUUUAUUGACGACUGCCGGCUCUGUUUGAACUCAUGGUCACAACCUGCAGCAGUCUUUCAAGCUCGCGCUCUUUGAGUUUUAUUUUGUUUUUCGAUCAUCUGUAUUUUACUCUUUUGUGCACAUUUCUGACACUUGUCUCACUUUUGUUGAUGUGAAACCACAUGUAGAGUUUUUUCUGGAUAAUCAGCUGUUUAAUGUGAUGAGUGCAGGAUGUGUGACUGGUGUCUUUACUGAGCUCAGACUGAUCAUGUGAAACAUGCCUCAGCAAGGGAUGAACUUCUUAAUUCAAGGAGUGACCAGUGCAGACUCCCUCAGACUGAAUAAAACCAGCCGUGAAGCAUUCAUCCCGGCACCAGCCACUCCACCUGACUCUUGUGCACUUUCUGUGAAGACUUUGACGUUGUGACUGUCUUUCUAACUCGGCUGGAUUUUCACUGUGUUGCACUUUGAGUACAUUAAAUGUUGAUCCACAGCAUACGAAGCCACCGGAGACGCCGAUGAUAUAACCAAACCAAGCUAGCUGGAGAUGGACACGCUGUCAUCAGAACAAUAUUUGAAUAAAAAAUAAAACGUAGUCAAGUUCUUGAGCUAAUUCUCUCAAUUCUGAGUCAGUUGACGUGACUGAAGACGGGAUUUACUCGCUUCUUUCAUCUGAAGUAACGGACCUCGUAUUUAAUUGAUCAGCAAGUAUUACAGCAGCUGUCAUCUGGACGGUUCAGUCUCUGAUUUACAGACUGAGGUAAAGGUGGAUUAUAGAAGGCAUCAUCUGGAGACGCCAAAGUUGUCUCAGAUCCUGAUCUGUCUGAGGAAAUGAGGUUCUGUAUCUUUUAUUUCUUAUGUACUAAAUUAGUCUUUGCCUCUUUAUCUUCUGAGUAUCUGCCACAGUUUCCCUUCCUGAUGUGUGUUUGGUUCCUUUGCCCCAGCAGGAGGUGAUUAUCAGCUGCCCAGAUGCUGCUGCUUUCUUCCUGCAGACUGUAAAGUCAGGUCCCUUGAAUCAAACUGAACUGAAAUAGGAUUGAGCUUCCAGACCCUUCAAAGCCUUGCACUCCGGCCUGCCUCAGAAAUCUAAAGUGGUGUUUUAGCUUGUUGAAUUUCAUGGUCUUGGAAUAAAAAGAAAAAUAGAUUGCGGUGAAUGUGAAGGUAAUAAAAGUAAUAUUUUUCUAUAAA